AUGGCCACACCUGCUGUCCAAACACCCUCUGUGCCAACCCCUCAUCAAUCUACACCCUUUGCCCUGCCUUCCACACCUGCACCAGUAGAUGCUCCAACUCCAAGUAGAGAUCUCAACCCCUAUGCAGUGGCUGGAAUCACCCCUACCCUACAAAAUAUCGUUGCCACAGUCAAUUUGGAUUGCCGGUUGGAUUUAAAGACGAUUGCACUUCAUGCUCGUAAUGCAGAAUACAAUCCAAAGCGUUUUGCGGCUGUGAUUAUGCGUAUCCGUGAUCCAAAAACAACAGCAUUGAUCUUUGCUUCCGGAAAAAUGGUCGUCACUGGUGCAAAGUCUGAAGAUGAUUCCAAACUGGCUGCACGAAAAUACGCUCGUAUCAUCCAGAAACUUGGGUUCCAAGCUAAAUUUACAGAUUUCAAGAUCCAAAAUAUCGUUGGUUCAUGUGACGUCAAAUUUCCCAUUCGACUUGAAGGUCUUGCUUACUCACAUGGACACUUUAGCUCGUAUGAGCCAGAGCUGUUUCCUGGUCUUAUCUAUCGGAUGGUUAAACCCAAGAUUGUGCUGCUUAUCUUUGUGUCCGGUAAAAUUGUCUUGACUGGUGCAAAAGUGCGUGAAGAAAUCUAUCAGGCAUUCCAAGCCAUCUACCCUGUCCUCACAGAGUUUAGAAAGCCUUGA